UGUCUCUGGGGACGGAGAGGAAAGCCACAAAGCAAAGGAAGCAGCAAAGAGAAGGCGAAGGAGGAGCAGGGGCCAGGGUCCUGUGGACUCGCCUGGAGUGGGUCACUCCCUCCAAAAGGUUGUGGAAAUAAAUUUGAAUAAACAAAACAGGUUUGCUGAAAAUAAAACCAGGACGCCCAAGCUGCUCCAGUCAGCCUGCUUCCACAAGGCCCCACCUGUCAGCCAGUGCAGAACCUUGGCUGAGCGAGCAGCAUCCAUCAUGAACCAGGUGAUCGUGUUCUUGGUAAUGGCCAUGGGAACCCACACCCUCAGUAUUCGGAUCAAGAAGGACUGCAUCCACUGGUCCAGCUGCUGCCCCAGCAAAGGGCAGAACCCCACUCAUGAAUGGCUGACACAGAACACUGUGCUCAUGACCCCGCCAGAGAGCGCUAGCCUCAUCCACUCCCUAGAAUCCUGCAGGGCCAGUGAAGAUGGACCCCUCAACAGCAGGUCUAUCUCCCCCUGGAGAUAUGAGUUGGACAGGGACUUGAACCGGCUCCCUCAGGACCUGUACCACGCCCGUUGCCUGUGUCCACACUGUGUCAGCCUACAGACUGGCUCCCACAUGGACCCCCUGGGCAACUCGGAGUUGCUCUACCACAACCAGACUGUCUUCUACCGGCGGCCAUGCCCUGGGGAGCAGGGUACCCGUGACGGCUACUGCUUGGAACAAAGGCUCUACCGCGUCUCCUUGGCUUGUGUGUGUGUGCGGCCCCGAGUGAUGGCCUAGUCAUGUGCCCAUAGCUGGUUCCCGGGUGGAACACUGGAACUGGGUGCAUGACCACCUGCCAUGGUGAGCCAGGAACCCGAAUGCUGAACCCUUACAAAACACUACAGGAGCAGCAGGAUUGUGGGACAGGGUGGAGGACUUUGGGGGGAUCCGCACGUUUCACCAUUUGGAGUGGAUGGGAAAUGCAGGGUGAAGCAAUGGAGCUGUUUAUGCCCGCUAAAAGAGAGCAUCCUGCAUUUCCUCUUGGGAAAGGUCAUAAAGGCCCUCCUCGUUUCUGGAGGCCGCCACCCCCAUCUCUUCCUUUUCUCCCAUCCCCAGCUGCCCUGGCACAGCACAAGCACUUUCUUGCUACUUUCCUUGUUGUCAGUGGAGAGGCCCUCAUUUCAUUUGUUUGUUCAUCUGUCCAUCCAUGCCUCCAUGCAUCCAUCCAUCUAUCCAACACUCAGUGAGCAUCUCCUUUGCACAUACCUUGGUUCAGUUACUAGGCUCUGAGGAAGAGGCUGCUAUUGAG